AUGGGGGAGAGACCAGAGGUGCCUGCAGCCAGGAGACAGGCAGACUGCGGGGGAGUGAGAGGAGAGCCCUGGGAUGCCUGGCAUUCCCCAGGCCCCUCCGCCAUCACCCCCUCCCUGCUGACACUGUCUCUAUCUUCCAGGUCAGUGAAUAAUUUCCUGAUGACGGGCCCCAAGGCCUACCUCAUCUACUCCAGCAGUGUGGCGGCUGGGGCGCAGAGCGGCAUCGAGGAGUGCAAGUUCCAGUUCGCCUGGGACCGCUGGAACUGCCCCGAGAGGGCGCUGCAGCUCUCCAGCCACGGCGGGCUGCGCAGUGCAAACCGAGAAACAGCCUUUGUCCAUGCCAUCAGCUCUGCGGGCGUCAUGUACACGCUGACCCGGAACUGCAGCCUGGGGGAUUUUGACAACUGUGGCUGUGACGACUCCCGCAAUGGACAGCUGGGGGGACAAGGCUGGCUGUGGGGAGGCUGCAGUGAUAACGUGGGCUUUGGGGAAGCUAUUUCCAAGCAGUUUGUGGAUGCCCUGGAGACUGGACAAGAUGCCAGAGCUGCUAUGAACCUGCAUAACAACGAGGCAGGUAGAAAGGCAGUGAAAGGGACCAUGAAGAGGACUUGCAAAUGCCAUGGUGUAUCGGGGAGCUGCACCACCCAGACCUGCUGGCUGCAGUUACCCGAGUUUCGGGAGGUGGGCACUUACCUCAAGGAGAGGUACCACAAAGCCCUGAAGGUGGACUUGCUGCAGGGAGCAGGAAACAGUGCUGCCAGCCGGGGUGCCAUUGCUGAGACCUUCAGCUCCAUCUCCAAGAAGGAACUGGUCCAUUUGGAAGACUCUCCUGACUACUGCCUGGAGAACAAGACCCUGGGGCUGCUGGGCACGGAGGGCAGGGAGUGCCUGAAGAGGGGCAAGGCGCUCAGCAAGUGGGAGAAGCGGAGCUGCCGGCGGCUGUGCGGGGACUGCGGGCUGGCGGUGGAGGAGAGGCGAGCCGAGAUGGUGUCCAGCUGCAACUGCAAGUUCCACUGGUGCUGCGCCGUGCGCUGCGAGCAGUGCCGCAAACGGGUCACCAAGUACUUCUGUGUCCGCAAGGACAAGCGCGAGCGCAGCGGAGGUGGCAGAGCCAGUCGCAAGCUCAAGAGAAAGCUCUAACUUGCUUCUGCUCCUCCACAGCGCUGUCUGCCCCUCUCCUCUCCUGUCCUUCCCAUCAGCUCCUGGCACCGCUUCUGUUUGGCAUAGUUUUGUCUCAUUCCCACUGCUGCCUCGCUGGGGCUUGGGC